AUGAGGAGAGAUUUGGCUCGAGGUUGUCACAAUCGUUCUUUCUCGAUAGCAGAAGACAUUCAUUCUGAAACCCUCUCCCCUUUCGUCGAACUUAGGAAUCCAUUGUUCUCUCCAGCUACAAUGAUGCUGGUCCAAUCACCAAUGGUACCCUGGCUGGUUCUGGUGUUUACAGCCGCUGUCUCUACAUUACCGGAAUCACAUGCUGACCAAACCACUGUUCAAACCUUGUUCUGCGCUGGGUAUGACAUCACUGUUCACACCACUCCAGUAACGUUUGCAGCAGCCACUGCGGAUUGUAGGCGAGAGAAGCUAUUUAUUUUGCGACUCAAAGACUACAAUCGACGCAGGAAUGUGGAAUGUUUCACGAACAUCACGGAUGGCUUCAUGGAUAACGGGACGUCUGACAUUUGGCUGCGAAAUUAUAAUAGGCUCAAUGCCACGAUUAACCUGGAGACAGAACUUGUCCGUAAUUUAACCGAACUGGCAAGCACUGCAAUGCAACCUUUUAUAUGCGCAAAAGAUUGGAACGAAUGUGAGGACCCAGCCACGAAGUGCCCUGCUGGAACUUUCUGUGAGAACUUAAAGGGUGGUUAUGUCUGUGAAGCGUGCGGACAAGGCAACGCCUCGGGAAGGAGCACUGUGGACGGGAGAACUGGACUGAUCACGUGUGAAAAAGGAUACUACUGGACAUGCUCAGCUGGCAAUUGCCCCAGGGACUCAGAGACGCCAGCCAAGCUAGUGUGCAAAAAUCAAGUAUUGACCAACCUUCCGGAAUGUGCAGUGGGCACUCCCAGCUUCCCAAGCGGCUAUGACGCCAGCAACGUGAUAAUCGAUCCAAAUACAUCCACGUUCGCUUGUGCAGCCGGCUAUUAUGCCCAGUGCACCGUGAAUUUCAAAUGCGCUGGAGGUCUGAACAACCUGCCAGCCAUAGCUAGCCAACAGGCUGGUCGACUGGUCUGGACAAAUCUGCCAACAUGUCACCAACUGGUGGUGACUGGAAGCGGCAACGGCAAGCAAGAGACAAUACAGAUGCUUGCCUGGUGGAAGUGGGCGGUCAAUGCAGUGGGCAUUGCGCUGGUGGUUGCAAUGGGCAUUGGAUUAGUGUUGUGGCGGAGGGAACAGAAAAGCUCAAGCCCACGUGUGGGAAUACCGGUCCCAAAUACCGUCAACGAAGACAGCGGAAUGCCAAUCUACGAUAGUCCCUAUGCCAACUGAGAGGUCAACGGCCUCUAUAACGAAGUCUAUGUAAAGCGUCCCCUCAAAAACACUGAAAGGGAUUCUCCCGGAAGCCUCACUCGGUGGCCGACGGGAUGAUGAAGGCGAUUUCAACUCUAGCACUAGUCGGAGGAGAAGGCGAAAUAAUGGGAGCACCAGUGGGCUAAGCAAGACUGGUCUUCCUACUAGGCAUGCAUGUGAUGCACCAUGCUCAGUGAACCCUCGCAGUACUACACUCAAGCAAAGUCUCCGGCUAGCUGUAUGCUCAGUCUAUACAUUCUUCAUCUUAUCUUUUUUUUCUUUCUUUUUUAAUGCCAGAAGUCGUCUUCAUAAUAACGAGGCAGAUUUGCCUGUUUGUUGUACGACCUUAAAUAAAUCCAACCAACCAACCACUCAAACCAACACAGUACACCGGACAAUAACCAGAUACAAAUAACAUAAAGCCCAUAACAGACGGCCAAUGGGACAUGCUUGUGGACCAUUAGUUCACUCCCACCCACCUCAUCGAAUCCACAGUUGAAAUAUGGAAACUGGAUGGCUUUUCCAGGAAGCAGCAAAUGAAGAAUUCAGCGGUGCAAGGUUGCUCGACUCUUCAUCAAGUACACUGCAAGAAGAUGCCAACCUUUAUCAUCUGUUGUCAUAGAGAAGAUUAUUCAAUUCGUCCCAAGGGUCUCCACUUGUGCUACUUUGCACUGCACUUUUUUUCUUUCUUUUUUUUACUAGAAUCACGUAAACCCGUCAUGUGUGAGCCAUGAAUACGGGGCAUUGUGGGCAAGUGAGUUUGCUGCCUGAAGGUGAGCAUAUCAGCAACACUAACUCACCGUACUUUGGUCCUUUCCGGGCCUUGUUUUCUUGCCUAUGUCGACUCUGGCUAAUCAGAGCCCAAACUGGCCUGGGAAGCGGAAUUUUGGCUCGUGUACAUCGCGUACUUUCUUUAAUAUGCUUUCCACAAUUUUUGCGUUAAACAUGCUUGCCACAAUUGUGGAUUAGACCUCGCCUUUGCUCUUUAAGCUGUGUUUGAUCACAUUAUGCUGCCGGCUUCUCUUUUCCUCUCUUUGCAUCUGACACAAUGUUUCAAUAGAAAACAAAUAGGCGUCACUAGUUUUCGACUAAAUGCUCUUGCGUUGCCGAUAGUUUGCGAUGAAUUUCUGAAAAGCUGUCUAAUUGUAUGGCUUUGCGUACCCAGACACCAUGCAUGAUGCGAUAGUCCGGUUACACAGCUGUAAAAACUAUUGCGUUAUUCCACGGAAAUGAGUUCUCUGAGCUUGCCGCGCGU